CACCAGUACCACCUCCGUAAGUACCACCCUCGCCUUGACCUUGAAGCUGGGGGCUCUACCCGAUCGGCCUCGUUGCAACCUCAGCUGGAUAUAUUCCCAAAACAUUGCUUCAUUCUGCACCGAUCGUUGACUUUUCCUCCUCCCUUCCCUCUGAAUAUCUUGCUCUGCGACUCCAACUCAUCCGUUCCAAAGCGCAUAUCCGAAGCCAUUGCUGACCGAGGCCCGGAGCUUCUGCCUGCAGAGAUGGCUCCACGCGGGGGCAAGGCGCAAUUGAAACGAGGUCGUGUAAGUGCAAACAAACGUCCCAAGAUCUCGAGGUCUUGCUAUCACCGUUCGGAGACUGACAAACAUUGCUUCGUCUGAAGGCGGGUACCAAUGAAGACAAAGCUCCAGGGAGCUCCAAGAAACUCCGGCGCUCCCAGCGACAUGCGCAAGGCCCGACUACUCCGGUUUCCAAAAAACAGCAACUUCCCUCUCCCAUCACCCACCAGGAGUCUACAUCGUCGAGCGAGGCCUAUAAGGAAGCAACAGCAACACCCCCGGAGGGCCGCCCGAGUCAGAUACAACAUCGCCCUGACCAUAGCUCGCUAGUCGAAGCCGGAUUCUCUUCUCCACCGCAGGAAACGCAGGCAUUCUCACAAUUCAUUUUCCCAACAGGAUUAUCCGAAGAGGUCAAUGAUGAGGUUGAGGAAGGUGUAUGGGGAUACCUGCAUCCCUUGGAUCCACAAUAUGGCAAAACCUUGGUUUUAAAGAGGCGAAAUGCGUGCCCAUUGCCUGAUACAAUCAAGACCAAGAACGGAACCAAUUGCAAGGGCAAAACUCCUCAGGAAGAGGAAGAUAAGUAUGAAAAAACGAAACUCAAGGGAAUUGCUUCUGGUGGUUAUCUGAUUGGACGUCAUCCGGAAUGUGGUGGGUCCUGGCAAUUGAUCUGGAAGACUAUGAGUUGGGGCUAAAGAUGCUACAGAUCUCAUUAUAGAUGACCCUAUCAUCUCGAACCGUCAUUGCCUCUUUUUCACAGAAAACAAGGGCGGCGACACAAUUGCGGUUGUAGAGGACCUCUCGAGCAAUGGCACUUUUGUUAACGAAGCAAUGCUUGGGCGCAACAAACGACGGGAGUUAAAAGACCAAGAUGAAAUCACGGUUAAGGAUGGAGCUAGAUUUGCUUUCAGAUACCCUCGCCGCCGCGAUACUAGCGCUUUCAUGCAACAAUAUACUCUCCUGGAGAAGCUCGGAAAGGGCCACUUUGCUGAGGUAUUUUUGUGCAUUGAAAAGUCAACUGGCCAUCGAUAUGCUGUCAAGGUUUUUACCAAGCAGCCCGGUGUCGAAGAACGCUCCAAAACCGAGGGUUUGCAACAAGAAAUUGCCGUACUGAUGGGCGUAAGCCAUCCUAAUAUGCUCUGCUUGAAGGAUACAUUCGACGAGCCAAACGCUGUCUAUCUAGUUUUAGAACUUGCCGCUGAGGGAGAACUGUUCAACUGGAUAGUUAUGAAACAAAAACUAACCGAAGAGGAGACGAGGAAAGUCUUCAUUCAGCUAUUUCAAGGAAUGAAAUAUUUGGUAAUUUGACUGGCCAUCCAUAAACUUCCAAUUUGCUAACAACAUACAGCAUGACCGAGGCAUUGUCCAUCGUGACAUCAAGCCCGAGAACAUACUACUUACCGACAAGGACUUGCACGUCAAAGUAGCUGAUUUUGGCCUAGCAAAGAUAAUUGGAGAGGAAUCCUUCACUACAACAUUAUGUGGUACGCCGAGUUAUGUCGCCCCCGAAAUUCUCGAAGAGAGCAGACAUAGGCGGUACACUCGAGCGGUCGACGUUUGGUCUCUAGGUGUUGUACUCUAUAUAUGUCUCUGUGGCUUUCCUCCAUUUUCGGACGAGCUCUACACAAGAGAAAACCCCUAUACUCUCACGCAACAGAUCAAGAUGGGCAGAUUCGAUUACCCUUCGCCAUAUUGGGAUUCUGUAGGCGACCCAGCUCUCGAUCUUAUUGACCGAAUGUUGAACGUGGAUGUCGAGAAGCGGUACACCAUUGACGAUUGCCUAGAGCAUCCUUGGACUACCCAGAAGCCCAUAAAUCCAAACGAUAGUACUGACGGCUUGGUCGGCGGAAUUGCCAAUCUUGAUUUCACCAAGCGAAAGAUGGCGCGAGAGCGAACAUUAAUUAGUAGCUUGAACGACGUCAAAGUCUCCAAGGUCAUUGAAACAGAGCAUUCGAAAGAACCGGUGAAGGUAUAUGUCAAGAACCCAAAUUCAAAGUCCUCCAAUAACAAGGUCAAUAAUACGGUUGUCAAAGUCACGCCCAAUGGAACGCCUAAGUCAAUCCCAGGUCCUCCAAAACAAGAAGAGACGCCUGCAAACGACCGGGAUCCUGAGGCUUUCAUGGCCCUUGGCGGUAUAGGUGACCCGGUACUUUUGGAAACCGAAGGUAGUAUUUACUCGGUCAAGGAUGAUGGAAAGGAUGACGUUGAGGAUGACGGUAAAGACGACGACAAGGACGAAGAGGAGGCCAAGAAGUGAUUUACCCUCACCUCUUUACCUCUUCCACGUUCCUCGAAUGUCGAUCAGUAUAUCUCACCAAUCAGCUUCCGCUUUACGUUCUGUUUACGAUCCGAGAUCUUUUUCCAACACUUUCUUUUCCUCCUCUUUUUUUCGUUUUGACAGAAGGAAAAACAAAACUUCUUUGUAAUUGAAAACACCUAAAUUGUACAUAAGCAGGUGUUACGUUUGUGCUCGGGGAUUGGAGACGUGAGAAAAAAAGCCGAGUUUUAUGGAUUGUUUCUUGAUUUUUUGAAUUUCUCGUUCUGGGUGUUUUUUUCGCUUUCUUUCUGAUGAUGACUGGAUGGGCAAGGCAGUCUACUGUAGCAGGCAGGUUGGUGUUGGUGUAGGGCGAAAUUGUGGAUGGGUGGAUGGAU